AUGACAAUAACUGUAGCAAAAUCUAUCUCACCCAAUGAAAAUUUGACACAAACAAACAAAAAUAAUUUAUCAUUGGAAGGAUACUUUUUUGAUUUAAACAUUGAGUUUGAAAACAGCAACAUCAAUUACAUUAAAAACAACAACAACAAUUACAUCGGUAACAAAGACAGCAACAACAAUAACAACAACGACAACAACAGCAGCGGCAAUAAAACGAAAGAAGCAUUUCAUAAAUCAUCAAGCAAUCACAUAAGGAAACAUAUCAAACGAUCUAAACAUUCAAACGGUUACAACAACUACGUCAUUCGUGACAUCAACAACCCCGACAACAAUAACAACAACUUAAAUAAUAGUAACAACAAUAAUAAUAACAUUACCGACAGUAAUAAUAUUAACAGCAUUGUUAUUAAUAAUUCUACUAACCUCACUAACAACAACACCUCCAUCAACAACAUCGACAACAUCAACAACAACAACAAUCACAUUGAUAGGGUAAAGAUUAACAAACUCAACCACACCUCUAAAGAUGACGACAUCAUGACUCCCUCUACGUUUCAACAUACCAGCAACAAAAUAUUCAACUCCAAACACGACAAUGUUUAUAUUAAUGACGUCAUCAACGACAACAACAAUGACAACAACAACAACAACAACAGUAAUUAUGACAUUAAAAACAAGACCAACAACAACGACAACAUAACCAACAGCAAAAACAUUAUCAAUAUCAACAAAACCAAUGACAAAAUUCCAAAAACUAUCGGUAAUAAUAACAAGAAUAAAAAAAACAACAACAACAGCAAUAAUAAUAAUAGCAUUAAACAUGACAUGAACAACAACAACAACAGCAAUAAUAAUAUUAAUAAUAGCAUUAAACAUGACAUGAACAACAACAACAACAACAAAUUCAUUAAUCCGUUUUGGCAUACCGAGUUUCAACCCGACUUCGUUGUGAUGGACAUGUCAGAGAUGAGCGAAGUAGGGCAGGCAUGGCUGCCCCUCACCACGGCCACUGACCUUGACGCCGACUACUCUGUACAAAAAUACGUCAUCGAGGGAGACGACGGACAUUUCCGGUUAAGGAUAACUGAAAAGUUAGACAACUCGAUAGACUUGCGGUUGAUUUUGAGCAAGCCACUGGACAGGGAAGUGAGAGGUCAACAUAAGUUCAAGGUCAUCGCGUACGACGCAGAGGACACGCCUCUCGGCACCAUGGUCAUCCAACUCUCAGCCAAUGAUCAAGAUCUAGGUCGCAAUGCCCUAAUUAAAUAUGUUAUCGUUAAUGGGAACACUCAAAAUAAUAAUAACAAUAACGUUAUAGACGCUAGUAAAAAUAACAAUUAUAAAAAAACCAAUAGCUUGAAUAAAACCCCAAACAAUAACAACAAAACUUCUACAGCAUUGUUCUCGAUAAAUGAAACUUUUGGAGAAAUCUACGUCACUGAUGAGUUGCAGUUGAGUUAG